AUGUUCGGCCCUGUUCUCGAAAGCUACUUGAAGCGCAUAACGGCAGGUGCAUAUGCACCGCCCCUGCACAGGACUCCCGUAUUCGCAGCAGCGCUCGCGGAUAUGAAGCAUGCUUCGUCUAUUGCGGCUAGUCAUGGGACUCAUCUUCUGACGGUAGAACUUGCGCUGGGGCGGUUGAAUUCGGCAAGGGAGUUUGCUGGCGAGUAUUUGGAUAGUGCGGCGGUCUAUGGGACGGCGAGGGUUGAGGUGGGUUUGGCGUUUUGGAGUGAGAAUAGUCGGCAGGGGUGA